AUGUCUGCUACGCCAGAACCCUACCUGUUGGCCUCAACUUUGCUCACUCCGGAAGAACUUCCCAAACUAGUCUUGGUCACCUACGACCCCGCUUCUGCCAAGAACGACCAUGUCGCGAGUGGAAGCACCCCACCCGUCCACACACAGCGCAUAUUUGCCAUCAUAUCCAAUGUCUCUUUUGGAGUAGAGCAAUCGUGCGUUCUCGUCAUCAAGCCACGCAGAAAGGAUCCCAACACAGCAGCCUUACUCUGCGUCAUUCCCAUCCUACCCGAACUCAAAAUCGACAUCGAGCCUCAACAGGGAUGGACGGCAUCUGCUGUAACGCCGCACAAUCACCGCCUGGCAGCUACCUCGUUGGGAUUGUCGAGCUUGCCACAAAAGCUUCCAACGAUCCAUACACUGCUCGAAAGCGUGGUUCCGGACCUACUCGAUAGCAAGUCGGCUGGAAGCUCGAAUGCGGCGCUCAAGCUGACACUCUCUUACGGCCAGCAGGCUGCAUCGGGAGUAACGAGCGAUGUACGUGGCUUGAAAGACUUUUUGAGUGUGCUCAAGGAUCUGCUGAACGUGGCGCAGGAGAAUGCGUUCUCGACCGACACGACGCAUCAGUGGAUGAAGGCGUAUACCGACGAUCUAUCGUAUGACACUCUGCAACAAAGUGGUGCGCCUCGUCUCGAAACUCCGGUGUUUUCACGUUUCUCGCACAGCGCUUUCCUUCCGAGCAAUACUCACGCCGUGGGCGAGAUGCUGCGACCCGCCUCGCCCACAUCCUCGGACAUGCGCAUCUCGGUUGGAACCUUCAACGUCAACGGCCAUCUUCCUCCAGACGACAUACCCACCAUCGUUGGUCUCAAGAAGUGGAUGCGAGCAGAACAAGACCCGGAGCUCAUCGUAUUAGGUUUCCAAGAAGUCGACACCUCGUCCGGCGCCUAUCUCUACCGCUCUCCUGCGCGCGAAGAUGCUUGGAUACGAGCUGUGACGCGAGCUCUGGGACGGCGGGCGGACAAAUACCGCAAGAUCGCGUCGAAACAACUGGUAGGACUAUUAAUUCUCGUGUUUGCAGCAAAUGCCCUCGAGGUCGAUGAAGUGGCCACGGCGAGUGUUGGGAUUGGAUUGGGUGGAUUUGUGGCGAACAAGGGAGCAGUGGCAGUGAGGAUGAAAGUAGGAGAAAGGACCGUGUGCUUUGUCAACUCGCACCUGUCGGCAUUCGAUGGGUUGCAAGCGAUGGAGAGGAGGUGUUGGGAUUGGAGCGAGAUAUAUAAACGUUUGAGGUUCAGAUUGGAAGCAGGCAAGGUGGAAGAUUUCUGGGAGACGCCCAGCACAGCGGCCACGGAUAGCGUCGAUGCUAACGACAAGUUGCAUGACGAGAACCAGAUCAAGACCGCGCAGGAUGCUAACGAUGAGACGGCAGUUCAAGGUCGACUCGGACACGGCACAUUGAAAGAGCAGAUCACUGACGGAAUUAGCAACGAGGUGCAGGCCGCUGUUGUCAUGCCAACGACCAACCAACAGGCUCAGCCACCACCUGAAGAACUCACGGACCAAGUCACUGCAGCCACGCAACUCGAUAUUACUACCGACUUUCCCCCACCUGCGUCACCUGCGUCACCUCCCCUCGACCCCACCAUCUCCUCGACCCCUCUUUUUGUUGAGCAAUCAAUCAUGGAUCACGACAUAGUCUUCCACUUUGGCGAUCUCAACUUUCGACUUGACCUUUCGCACUCGGAAGCGCACCGACUCAUCCGUCAACGUCAACUCGACACGCUCUACCGCUAUGAUCAACUGGAAUCGCUGCGAACAUCCGGAUCGCUGUUUGACGACUUUUUGGAAGGUAGGACCGAGGAUUUUGCUCCGACGUACAAGUUUGAUAAGGGUACGGAUAGGUAUGACACGAGCGAAAAACAGAGGGUUCCCGCUUGGACGGAUCGGAUACUGUGGUGUGUGACAAAGGAAUGGGAAGAUGGGGACGAGCAAGGAGUGUCGCUGACGGCCGAAUGGUCAGGUGAGAAGGAGGAGAAGGCGAGGGAGAGGCAGAGGAGUCAGGGUGUGAUGCUGCAGGCGUACGAGUCGGUGACUGAUCUCAAGUUUAGCGAUCAUCGACCGGUGCGUGCGACGUUUAUUGUUCGCAUUCGUUGA